UGGGAAUUCGCCCUCGCUUGUUGUCUUACACUUUCAAUCUCAGCCUGCUCUAUCAACUUCAAAUCUACAAGGCGAAGAAAUUACACCGAACGUACAUAUGGACCAAGAAUCAGAUUCAGCUCCCACGCAGACUUCAGGUGUCCCCUCACAGGUGCCACCUGCCGAUGCGGAAGUUCGUUACACUCGAACUGGCCGUAUUAGUAAGGCCAAAAAACAGUUGAAAGUGCACAACUGCGAAUGCGGAAGGUCAUACACCCGAGCAGAGCACUUGAGACGUCACCAAAAAAAUCACGAAUCGACAGUGUUAUGCGACUACCCCGGGUGUGGUAAGCUCUUCUACAGAAUAGAUCUUUUACAAAGACAUCAAGAGCGGCACAAUGAAUCGAGUGCCGAAGCUUAUGAGCCUGGACAUCUGAGUGCAAGUCGGAUAAGCCAAACUCUUUCAAAAGAGUCACAAAGCUCUGUGCCCGCUCCUGCCCCCGUUGAAGGCCUCGAAACCUAUCUAUCGUCGUAUCUGCCCUCCGGAUUUUAUCCGCCUUCCGAACAGAGUCUUUAUCCGGAUGUUUUUCUUCCUCCAACAGGUUACGGUCAUAUUGAUCUGCUCCCUGCAAAUUACAAUUCUAUUCUUGAUGAGCAGCAAAACUCCUCUUCAUCCGGGCUUCAAUCGAGGCAAGCCUUUCCUCAUCAUAUUGAUCAUUCUGUAUCGUUGUUCAAGGACCCUUAUCUACCUCAACCUGGUGAUUCCCAAGCUCCACUGCCCCUAUCAGCCCCCACUAUCUUCCCCCCAUAUCCGCAACACUUCAGAUCUGUCCAAAAAGAUGUAUUUGCUGGAGAAGUGGGCUCAUUCACAAAAGAAAAUAUACGAUCUCACCGCUCAGAAUUCGAUAGCCCGGGACAAGGUCAUUCUAAGCGACGAAGAGAUGAGAGUAAGCUUCCAGAAGCUGCUGCUGAACAGAUUGCAACAAGGGUCAUGAAUGGCCGUCAAGACUUGAGUGUCUCAACGACAGAUGACAAAUUGCAAAUGGAUAAGAACGUUGAUCCAAUCAAUAAAGACGUGCGACUGUCUGCGAGGAACAAUGAAUUAUUCCCCGCCGAAGCUAUUCAGCGAAGUCGAGGAAAAAGCGAGCCGAGUGCUUCAGGUGGACUUGCAAAGUUAAUGAUGCAACAUGGCGGCCCUCCCAUGCCGUCGCUAAUUCCUGAAACAUUGUCUCCGGGUGCUUCAGGUGGACUUGCAAAGUUAAUGAUGCAACAUGGGGGUCCUCCAGUGCCGUCGCCAAUACCUGAAAGAUUGCUUCCACCACUAAAAAGAAGCCGGUUUCCAGAACCCGAGGAAACUCUAUGGCCACCCGAAUCUGAGCCUGACCUGCCCGUGCCAUCAGAUUCUGGAUACCGCAGUGGAAUGGGAACAGACACUGCAUCUGUGUGCUCAGCAAACUCAACAGGUAGUUCUUUGGGUCUUCCACAUAACUUCUUACAGGAAUUCGUUGCUUUUUUUGGAGACUCACUGAUCGAGAAAGCUGGCGCUCGUCAAUGGAUAGGAUCUGUAGUCGCACGAAGAUCUCAAGAGUAUAUUGAGAGCUGGUUAAAUGUCCUGCUGAAAGAGUACACACAUGAUUUGACUGCUUCGCAAUCCCAGGAACCCUCAGAUCCGAGUGGAGUCCGAAAGCCAGGAAAAUGGAAUGCGCAGAUGCAGAGCCAGAUUUUGGUCAGUGCCACAAAUCUGAUUCGACGGUAUAGGCCCAAAAUCACACGUUAUUUUUGCGAGAACGCAGAUGCAUCACCUGUCAGCACAGGCUCUCUUACUGCGCGUCUUAAGGAGCUAGGACAGCAGCUUUCUCUCUCUGAACGUUUCGCCCUUUUCGGCAAGAGCACAGUUCACAACCAUGAAACAAAAGGCACGGGAAUACCCGAAGACGAUCUCGAAUUCGAGUUUCAUGGGGAUCUCAACACCGUGAGAGAUGCUAUGAUUGCUAGCCGAGCUUUUGAUUCGCUCGCUACCAAGUUGAGGAAGUCACUAUAUUAUGACGAAGUUCUGCAGAUGCAAGCUAUUGAAGAACGGAUGGAGAGUUUAUUGCCACGCCAUACAAUCCAUUUUCAUGUCAACUGGACACUCAAGAAAUUUAUGCACGCUCAGUACGGCGAUGAUAUACCCAAGAUAGGGUCAGUAAUCGUGCUCACUGGAUCCGCUCUCUACGCACAAGCCACUACAUGUGCGGAAUACACCAAACAAACCUGGUCUCAUUUUGGGCUUUUUAUACUAGCUUGUUUGGAUGAAGUAUUAUCGGAUUGCCCUCUGGCGGCUCUAGAAGGCACAGACGAGAUCAAUGAAUUCACAUACAGGGACUUGAAGAUCGGCAUCACCAACCAGACAAAUGGAAGACUCAAGAUCACUGCAGAAGGAAGCACAUCCCAUCUGCUUGUGCAGCUAGCUCAGUGUCUCGCAUGGCUUGGGUCAGCCUUGAGCGUAUCGCCUUUUGGCGAUGAUUUUGCGUACUGCAAACCAAGGCUUAGUGACAUCUCAUCUACAUCGCAGGUAUUCAUUGACUAUCGACACGAGCGACUGCACAAAACUGAAAUGCCAUGUUGGUUGCCGCUAUUCUCCGGGGCCGCGAUUGCCGCGGGUUUCCCAAUCCCCGCACGCGCAGAUGAAAUUGGGUUAGAAAUACCUGUCAAUCUUCUUGCCGACAUUGCAGGAGUCUGGCACGCCGUUGAAUAUCAAGGUGGAGUGGUGAUGAAAGGUUUCUCACAUAUGCUUGUGCCUAUACGGAAAAAGGACGACAAGAUUCAAUGGCAUGCCAUUUCGAGUCGGAAUGCGAAUGAACGCUUAAAAUAUCACGAGGCUCUGUCUCUUUGUGAUGAGCGCGCAUCGCCCGAAGAAGUGAACCUCGACAAUUUUUCACAGUAUCGCGCAAUUGUUGGCUGGUGUUCGGUCGCAGAAUCACGUUUGGGCUCUACUUUGGCAAACUACGAAAAUAUUGACUAUUCAGGUGCGGAGGACGUAAGCACCUUGUUGAGAUGCGCCGGAGGUUCUUUGGGAUUCCAACAAUUCGGGACAGCGGCGUUAGACUUCAGAUUCGGUGUCAAGGAUGGCAAAUGUCAUUUUCAGCGAAGCGGUCCGUAUCGGAAUAUUGUCUCGGCGGCGGAGAAAACCCCAGUGCUUCUUUACGACACCAGCGAAAAACGUGGAUGGCUGGUUCCAGCCUCGAGUGUAAUACUUCACAUGAUUCAGCACCGACAUAACUUGGAGCCUUUCGAGACAAACGGGAAGCGCAUCGACCUCGACACAAGUAUUGGCAUCAAUCUUACAGCAAAGGAAGUCCUAUUACAGAAAGAGUCGCUACCGCUAUCUAGCGAUGAUGAUUACACAUUCAAAGAUGCCGUUCUGAACAUUUGGUCUUUGCUGGAGUUUCUUGUGGAUCAGAACAUAACUAGAGAAAGAACUUCGCAAGGCGCACCCGUCAAAGCUACAUUCAGGGAAUUUCUACAUGGUUUUGAGUUCAAAGCUGUGGUUGAAGAAAGAUCUCCCUUCCGACAAAAACAGUCUCCAAUAGAAAAGACAAACGGGGGUUGGCCGCUACUCGUGCGUGACAUCGACGCUCUGGUGCUAUUCGCAGAUGGAUUUGAAGACAUCAUUAUACCCGCCGAAGAAGCAAAUCCUGGUCUGUGUCAAACCUGGGGACGAGUUCCUAAAGGAAGAGAUUAUCUCACCACAUCGACGCAAUCGCUCAAGGAUCUUUACGAUGUGGCAGGAUGCCGCCUGACUCGCAAAUAUCUGACAUCCACCCGCCUGAGAUGGCACCAAGGUGAUACUUCACUUUUCGGAGCCUGCGAUGCGCCCACCUCACACAGCUGCAAAUGCAAUCGUCUUCAGAGAAUACUGCCUGAUUCUGCUGUUGGUAAAGUGCUUUCACCCGAUUUCAUAGUCGACAAAGGCGCUGUGAUUUUCGGACAGUCAGAACCCUCGGGCCUAGGUAUUCGGUUAAAGCCUGCCCCUAAGAUCAACGGACUCUACAGCCAGAACAAUGUGCCGAUUCUGCCUUCCAAAGAAAAGACAGAGUAUAACGAUUCGUUAUUUUCGGAUAGCGACACGUGCAUCCAAAGCGGAUCAGAUGGCACCACCGGCACCAAUCCCAGCAGCCUUACAAGCUGCACCACGGAUUCUUCUCAGUCCCUACAUUUAGGGUUGAAUAAUUCUUCUUCUUCGGCAUCCACUUUAGUUGAGACUCAAAAGAAGCGUCCGUUCUUUCUAGACAUCCCUUCUAUGUUUAGUAGUAAGAAGGACGACCUGUACAAUUUUACAGAGUCUAAGGCUAAGCGUACGAAGAAAACAUAG